GCAUUCUGACGUGGCUGUCUGAUGGCAACCUGAAUGCUGUGCUGUUGACCUGGCAGUCUACCUGGGAGUCGAGCAGUCAGCAGUCAGAGCAGCAGCCAAGAAGCUGGCAAGCAGACCACCAGGUUAGUGAGUAAUUUAUGCUGGGUAAGGAAGAGAGUUGUUUCUUGAAGAUUUAGGCAAUCAAGUUUGUCGUUUUGCUAGGCUUUGAUUUGUAGCUUCCAGCAUUUAUUUGGGGUUUUUAUGCUUCUUUUCUGGGAUGGAGGACUCCCAAAUGUGGAUUUUGAAGAAACUUUUCUCUUUUGAACAGAGUGGCACAUGCCUCAGCCCAUGCUGAAGCAUGAGACAGGGCUGAAAUUGGUGAAAAACUGGGAUGUCUAGGUAGCAAAGCAGCACAACACAGCUCUCAGUGGGCUGAAAAGAGAUGUUUUCUUGGUUGCGGAGGCAAACUUUGUCAUUCUGCUUUUAAUACUAGGAGUGAAGAAUCAAGCUUCUGUUGGACUAGUAGUGGAAGUAAACAGUCGCAUUUCAUUGAAAGUGAUGAAUUGCAAAAUGAAUUUAUUAUUGUAUGAGAUGAUUUGGUAGGAAAUAUCGACUGGUAGAACAAAGCAAGAACAUCUGGAAGCCAGGAAGCUGAGGAUAAGUGAUCACUGGCAGAGAGGCAACACUAUAUAAAUCUUUUCAAGUUUACAGCCAGCUUCCAAAGGACAGGAUGUGGAGAACAAAGUCUGGGUGAGGAGGGUAAAGCUGGGAGAACUUAGUGCUGACAGGUAGAGAAUGGAAAAAGAUUUCUUUUUCAUCACUAGUAUGGGUUGAAAAACAGUUUUAUCUCACACAAAAACAAACUGGAGAUUCUGCCAGAACUUGGGGACAAGAAUCACAAGAGAAAAAGAUGAGAAAGCUGGGGAACAGAGGAGAAAUAAAGCAGAAUUAGCUGCAGAAAACGAUUAUCUGUGCCCAAGAUUCAUACCAGAAUCCACUCAUGUGGUUGGAGGUUCUGUAUUGGUUACAGCCAAAGUAAGCAGAUUUAUAAUAUACAUCUCCAAGAGAAGUUGAAAGACGUGUACAGGGUGGUGGUUCUCUGAGGAAAGUUACUUUGACAAAAUGAGGUGAAGGCAGGCCAAGAGAGUGAAGGCUAAUAGAUAAUGGACUGCUACUACAAGGAAAGCUUUUGAAUGUUUUUUGCUAUCAAAGGACAUUCUUAGAAGGGCAUUUUUCUUAACUAAUAAAUUUCAGCUGUAUUCCGUGGUCACCGUGGUUAAAUUUGUGUGAAGGAUAAGAAAAUCCUUCAAUUGAAAUGGGGAAAAACUAACACAGGAAUAAGGAAAGAGAGCGAUAUCAGACAAAGGAAAUAUUGAUAGGGUGAGAUCAGAAGGCAGAUAUGUCCCCAGGGAUGAGGAAAUAGAAAUAAACAUAUGAAAGCUGGGAUGAAGUGUGGAAAGGUUAAUGCAUUCCAUUCAAGUGACUGGAAUUGGAUAAUCCCCAUCUCAGUAUUCUGAACAUAAUGGUACAUGUAAUUUAAGAAGUUGGGGGCAAAGAUCUUUUUUUAUCUGUACAUUUUACAGCAGUGACAAUACAUGAUAUGUGUUAGAUGGAAAAAUCAUCCCACCAACCCAAUCCCAGUACUGUGGUCUUAAUGUGACGUUCUUACAGGAAAGACUGGAGAGGGCAAAAAAGCCUGGAUACUGAGAUGAAGACAGGGUUAACUGCGUGCAGAGAAAAUAGCCUAUGUGAUGUUAAUCUGAGCUUACUUUGUUGAAAUUGCUUAUUUCUCUGUGAGAGAACUGCAGUACAUUUCAUGUCUGAACUUGCAAUUCACACAGUUGUAAUAAGUAGUUUUAGCUGCGGUGAAAGGCAUCAGGAUUAUGGGAGGUAUGAAUUAGGUCAGAAGCUGUCUAGGAAAGCUAUUGGGAGGGAACUGAUCAAGGGAGUUUCUGAAUCUUUGAUUUCUUCGCUGAAGAUUCAACUGCAUAACAUACAGCAAUAACCCUAAAUCAAAAAGUAAGGUCAGGUGCAGGACUGGAAUACAAUGGCUCUUCCAAAUUGAAAUAAGAGGGAACCUUUAUAAAUCUACAUGGGACUCUGUUUCUACACCCUAACCAUUAGGGCAUCCAGCCUCUUGGCUUGCCUGGGCUGCACUGAGUGAAGGGGAAUUGUCUUGGACCAAGUGUAUGUAUGUAUGCCUCCUAUUUAUUUCCAUGGAAACUACAACAGAUAUAAGGAGCACAAUAACACUAUUUGAUAGAGCAACUUCUCAUCUGCAAAACACUGUUUCUCAACAUGGCCACCACCAGUAGCUGUGCAUUAACUCCAACAAAGAACAAGAGGUGCAUGCCAUGUUUGUAACAGUCUGCACCAGCAGAAGUGACCCACUGUUACUGUCACUGCAGCUGAAGCAUGCCACCCCUGGCAGUAUGCUACAUCCACUUGUUGGUUAACGUAAACGUUCAGCAAGCAUCAAUGAAUGUCAAUGGGUGCUAUUCUUUCUGCAUGAGGGAAUUCAAUUCCAACCCUUUGCUCCAUCUGCACUUCCACGUCAGACCCAUUUUGUCAGACCGCCCCUCUGCUGACAUCUGUCACACAGCAACAAAAUGUAACGGGAUAUUGGUGGGAAGGUUUAACCUCUACUGCCAUCCCACCAACAUUAUCUCUGAUGUCGUGGGCCAACAUGAUGAAAUGGGAAGCAUUACUUGUGGAGCAGCCCUCAUAAAACACAUCAUAUAGUUAAUGUAUCUAAUUUAUUUUAUUUUAAUAUUAGUAAUAUUUAAAUUUAACAUUUAAUAAUUUAAAUAAUAUUAAUUUAAUAUUUUAAUAUUUAUAAUAUUUUAAUAUUAUUAAAUUUAUUUAAAUUUAUUUAAAAUUUAUUUUAAUUUUAGUUUUUUUUUUUUAUUAAAACAUGAGAAAGUCAACAACAGCAACAUAAAGCUAGUGGGAUAUUUGACCUUGGUUUUGUGAAAGUAACACAUCAGUUUGGGUCUAUGGAAGUGGCUGCAAUGAGUGAGGUCUUGAGGUGUUUGUUAGAGAUUUCUGAUGUAGUUUUACUCUUCCUGUGCUUCAUCCUUGAAAACAGCUGCUGACAGAUAUACGUACUGCCAAAAAGCAAUGACAUGAAUAAGGCAUAUCUGUGAAGGGAGGGCUGUUUCUCCCUGCUAGGAGAGGGCUCAUAAACAUCUGGUAAAGAGACAAGAUGAAAUUUUGGGUUGCAACUCUAUAAGUUCUGUUUGAAAAUUGGCAAGAAAUGUAUUUAUGUCAACUGAAAACAGUUACAGAUAAACCAGAAAAUUGAUGAUUUUUUGGGGCACUUUUGAACCUAUUCUCAAAUGAUCAAGAUUUGAGAGAUAUUUUUUGUUUUUAGUUAUUUCAGCCGUAGCCUCAUGCAAAAAAAAAAAAAAAAAAAAGAAGAAGAAGAAGAAGAAAAAAUACGCACCAAUGAACAUAACGCAAUUUGAAUUCAGAGCAAUGUAACUGCAUCCAUAUGGUGGUGUGAUUCCACAUUAAUUAAUAGUUACCCCUGUGGCACUUCUGUGCUGCUGGUGGUUAAUUAAAUCCUGGGAAAACUGGCUACACCAGGAAGUCUGCUGCAGGAAUACCUGUGCUGGUUCUGGCAGUGAGGUAGUUAGCAUGAUGAUACACUUAAGCUAAUUAGACUUGGCAGACUUGUGCCUGGCCCACAGGCACUUUGUGGAUGUUUAUGUCUGUGGCAUUAUCCACCCACAACUCGGCUAAUCCAUCUUCGGACAAUGGACCAUCUGUGGUAUAAUCACGUACUGGAAGGUCUUCGUAGGCUGAGUAAGAGGAAUCAGAUGACAUUCAAUAGUAUAAAGGGUAGGAUUGUGAAUGUGGGGAGUAAUAACAUGAAUUUGUAUUAAAAAUGGUGAUGCUAAAGGUAGACACUUCCUCAGAAGUCUUGUUCACAGUGUAGUCAUGAACAGAAGAAUGGGUAAAGAGAGAUUUUCUGUUUCUUCAGCUGUGGCUUGUUAUAUUAGGAGGUAAUUAGAAGCCACACACUUGUUUAGCUGGGACAAAUGAAGGAUGAGAGAAAAGUACUGCUCAUCUAUAAACAGUAAGAAGAACUUUUUCAUGGUAAAACCCUGUGCUGAUACAAAAGCAAAUGGCAUUCACACUCUUGAUUGUAGUUAGAUUGUACCUACCAGAGGAUGAAGUUUAGGAAUGGUUUUCAAUGUAAGUAAUUGCUGCAAAAACCUCUAAUAUGGUACCCUUCAGUAAGAAGGUUGUUGCCUGUCAUAGCAAAAAGCUGAAAGUGGCUCAACGCAGGCUGGCAUGUUCCUAAAAUUAACUGCUGCUUCAUGUGGAGGAGAGGAGGAAGGAGGUUAGUGAGUUGCAUUUUGAAACUUGGAAAGGUGUUGGAAGUUCUCCACUAUGGAGUAAGAAUUCUGACAGCAGAGACCUAAAUCACUGCCACAUCUGUGUCCCCAGAGAGUGCUGUGCAGACGUUAAGGCAGGGGCAAAAUGUUUGAGGGAGGGAAUGCUGAUGAGUCAAAAAGCAAAUUAAGAACUCUGGCAUAUUUUUGUAUUUAUUAUUCUGGGCAUUUAUAUUAUUUAUACAUUGUAAUUACCCAGUUCUUUAGGAAGACUUGUCGUUUCUCUCUCUCUCACUCCUAUUUCACAUACGUAAAGUUAUAUGAGUAUUCAUGUACUUGUAUAUUAAUGUUAAGCUUGGGAAUAGAUUCUGCAAGUGAAGCAGCAGAAUAACUCUUUGAAGAUGUAAGCAAGUUAUGCUUCCUGGGUAAACCUGCUUGGCUGUUUUAAGUACGAGGCAAGGAGUAACCUUUCCAGCUAGAUUCCAUGCUGCUUCUCCAACAGUUCUGCUUUGAAAGUGAAACUACAGAAAUAUGUCCCUGAGGGGUUCAGGCAUAGCAGUGUUACUAAGCUCCGGCUCAGGUUUCAUGGAGCCCCGUUGUGCUGUUCUCUGCUGCAGUGCUCAGAUACUGCAGCACAUUCCUUCUGCACAGCGGAGCCAUUUCUGCGUCUCCGUGCUGCUCAAAGGAGAGCUGUUUGUCACCCAGAGGGUACAGAUAGCAAUCACAAGUUAAAAAGCAAAAAAUCAAGAAUGGCAAAAUGUAGCAAUGUCAGUGCAGUAGUCAGGACAGUUGCUUCAGGACAUUUUGUGUUGACUUCCAGAAGCUUUAUCGGUGUGUAUGUAGAGUGCCUUCCCACAGUAUAGGCCCAGUUACAGCCUGAGCCUUCCUUUAUGCCCCUUGAUAUAAUUGUGAUACUUCACUAUUCCUGAUUUCAUCUUCACAUACGUAUUUUACUACAAACUUACUGCUGUUCCUUCAGCAUCUAGCAUUAUAUUCACUGUCUGUGAGAUCCUAAUGCUGCUCUGCUGUGUGUCACAUAGGGACAGUGUUUGCAGUGUUGUUUUUUCCUUUGUUCCUGCUGAACUCUCCUCCUGGAAGAAGCUGUCUUUUUGUUACUCUUGUGCCAGAGCUGGAGGGCUCCAUCCUGUCUAUUAUUACAAGGUUACAACUAAUAACAGGGGAUGUUCUGAGAGUCCUAAAGAACUUUUCAAAAAGAAAUGGGCUGGUUUAUGCUUUUCUGGGGAUGCUCAAAGAGCAUUUUAGAAACACCAUUGUCUUCAGCUUUCCAGCUGCCUCAGCUUGAGAGCUCAGCCCGUCUGAAUUGCAAAAAGGGAAAUAUGUUGCUUCAUGCUGUACCCUUUUCUAUAUUUGUGCUGUGUAAAGAUAGCUGCAGAGAUAAAUAGAUCUUUCAGGAAGAUGAUCCCGACUGUGUUUUGCACAUGAGAGUAGAUUAGAUAAUGGCUGUUUACUUCCUUAGCGCUUUGAAUCUAUAUUCCCCCAAAGUAAAUGGGAAGACUCAUUUUGUAUGCUCCCCACAGAGAACUCUUAGCAGAGUUAGUUUCUGUCCUCCAUCAGACCCACACUGCUAUCAGAUAUGUGGAGCUCUGGAGGGAGGAUUUGUGGUUGUGUGAUCGCUAUUACGGCAACUUUCCCUAAUAUGCCUAUUAUCCACACUGUGGAACAGCCCUGUAGCACUGGAGAAGUGUUUUCUGGAGAGCUGGGACAGGAAGAAAGUGUAAUUUCUCCUUACAGUUCUCUUACGUAUUCCUGAUGUCCUUUAUAUUUUCAGUAUCUAACUGCAAGCUGAAGCUCUUCUCAGGCUAAAAUAGAGAGGUGGAUGUUGAGGAUGAGAAGGCCAAUUCAAAUUUGACUCAGUUUCAUAUCAGGGAGUGAAAAAACUCUCCAAUGCAUUGCUUUUCCUGUCUACAGUUGAGAUUUUUAACAGCUAAGAAGACUUACAAACACUUUUGAAGACAGUGUCUUUCAUGUUUUGUAGAGCUCUUUUUAAUUCAGACCCCUUGCUUAGCUACCUCACUUUUCUGGCUGCUAUUUACUACCUAUCUAAAGUGCAUAAGUGGUGGUAUUGGAAAAUGAUCACCAUACUUCACAGUGAUAAUAUGCUGAAUUCAUUGCUGGCUAAGUCCAUACUCAUCUCAUUUGUUUCGACAUACACAGUUUCUGGUCUAGAAGUGUAUGAUUGUGUGCAGAAACCUGUUCCCAUACAGAGACCUGGGGACAUCGUGAAGACUUGGCUCUUCAGUUUAGUGCAGUUGUGUUACCCACAUGGAACUGUACUGAUGAACAGCAUGUUUACUGAGUAGUCUGAAAGGUUUUAUCUUGCAUGAAAGUAUGUAUGCUUCAAUUCUCUUCUCUCUUCUCAAUGUAGCGUGUGUCCUGUCACCACUCUCCUAUGGUCCUGGCUUCAAUUGCCUUUGCUGAAUCACAACAGACAAGGCAGAAAGGAUCCUACAGAAGGAAAGGGGAGAGGUAGUGGACAGCAGAUGUUCCCAACUUAAAACAUCCAUCGUAGGAGACAUUAGGUUACACUUCAUGCCCCAUAGCGUCAUUGAGACUCAGAAGAUACUGGAAUCCCAGAACAUAGGGGAUGAUAGGGACAUCUGGAGAUCACCCAGUCUGACUCCUUCAAAGCAGGUGCAUAGGAAAGAGUCUGGGGGAAUAUCUGUGGGCACCUCUGUGGGCAGCAUGUCCAAGGGCUCUGCCACCUUCACUCUAAAGAAGUUCUUCCUCGUGUUUGAAUGGAACUCCCUGGGUUCCAGCUUUGCCCAGUGUUCCUUGUCCUGACGCUGGGCAUGGCUGAACAGAGCCUGGCUCCAUCCACUUAAUCUGCACCCUUCAGAUAUUGAUCAGCGCUGAUAAGAUCCCGCUCAGCCUUCUUUUCCCCAGACUGAAAAGUCCCACAGCUCUCACCCUGUCCCCACCAGGAGAUGCCCCAGGCUCCCCCCAUCUCUUCAGCCCUCCGCUGUGCUCCCUCCCGCAGUCCCCUGUCUGCCCUGAACUGGGAACCUGACACUGGGUGCAGUGCUCCAGCUGUGCCCUCCCCAGGGCAGAGCAGAGGGGAGCAGCACCUCCCUUGCCCUGCUGGCCAUGCUUUGUGCAAUGCACCCCAUGGUCCCAUUGGCUUCUUGGCCACCAGGGCACACUGCUGGCUCGUGGUCACCUGUUGGCCACCAGGACACCCAGGUCUUCUCCUCAGGGCUCCUUUCCAGCAGGGCAGCCCCUACCCUGUACUGAUGCAUCUAAUUAUUCCUCCCCAGAUGUAGGGCUCUGCACUUGCUGUUGUUGAACUUUGUAAGGUUCCUCUCUGCCCAGCUCUCCAGGAAGUCCAGGCCAGAUUUGGCAGGCGACUUAUAUAAUCUGUUACAUCUUGAUUAGAUGUUAGGCUUUUAAAACAGAUGUUAUCUUCAUUUUAUGUGUCAAUGAUCUUUAUCCAGACAUUGCACUGAUAGGAGAGGUAACAGAAAGAAUGAAUAACAGCCUGGAAAUGGGAGCAAAAUAGCAGUUCCCAUAAUCCCAGUCACUGCACCAGGAAGAAAAUACUGUGAUUAUUGUCAAACUGAAAUCAGGCAAAUAAUUGGGUGUUCUUUUCAGGGUUAGUGAAGUUGGGUGCUGGAGCAAGGGUGGAUAUUAUUCUUGUGGCCUUAACUGUUACUAAGUAGAUUGCUUUGAAAGUAAUGUUUCCUAUUUAUUUCCUUGGAAACUGACAAAGAUAAAAGGGCACAAUAACAUAGAUAGAACAAAUUCUCAGCUACAAAACAAGACAAUAGUCACCACCAUUAGCUUUGCAUUUUUGCCAUCAAUGAACAAGAGCUUCAUCUUCGUGGCCAUCUAGUACAUGGCUUGUCUUUCAUAUCUCUGUCGCUACUUCUGAAAUGCCCCAGCUGUCCCUCACUGUGUCACAUCUAGUGGUUGGUCCCUAUAGGUGUUCAGCAAGCAUCCAUGAAUACGAGUAGGUGCCUUUUUUCUGCAUGGAGGAAUUCAGUUCCAUUCCUUUGCUUCAUACACAUUUCCAUGUCAGAUUCCAUUUUGUCAGAUCGUCCCUCUGCUGCCAUCUGUCACACAUCAACAAAAUGUAAUGGAAUAUUGGUGGGAAGGUUCAACCUCUACUGCCAUCCCACCAACAUCCACCUCUGAUGUUGUGUGUUGACAUCAUAAAUUAGGAGGCACUACUUUUGAAGCAGCCCUCAUACUUUUGGAUACAGUUCUACAGUAAAUCAGGCUUUUGAUUUUUAGGAGUUAUUUCUGUGCUGUCUAUGUAGAUAUCAAAUGCUGAAAUGAGGAAAUGCAUGAAAAGAAUGCAUUUUUAGUAUGUUUUUUUUUUCUUUGUUGAAAAGGGCAAAGCAUUUGCCUGCUUCACAUGUCUUUAAUGCUCAGAAAAUUUGCAUUCACUUUAUGUAAAAUAUUCCUACAUUUGCAAUCAGCUUUGUCAUUGUGGUGAAUUGGCUAUGAAUACUCCAGGAGAAAUGAGAGUCAAAUGUGAAGCAAUGGGGUCCUGUUCUUCCCUGUUAUAAUGAGAUCAAAAGACACAUCAGGAUGAAUCACAGCACCACAGCAUCACAGGGGUUGCAAGAGACCUUAAGAGAUCAUCGGGUCCAACCCCCUGCUAUAGCAGUUCCCUACAAUAGGUCACACAGGUAGGUAUCCAGAUGGGUCUUGAAUAUCUCCAUAGAAGGACCCCACCACCUCUCUGGGCAGCCUGUUCCUGUGCUCCAUCAUCCUUACUGUGAAGUUCUUUCACAUGUUAGUACAGAAUUUCCUAUGUUCAAGUUUUAGGCCAUUACUGCUUGCCCUAUUGCUGUGCACCAUCAAGAAGAGCCUGACCUCAUCCUCAUCCACUUGCCUCCCACCUCCCUUCAGACAUUUAUAAACAUUGAUCAGAUCCCCCCUCAGUCUUCUUUUCCCCAGGCUAAGCAGCCCCAUGUUACUUGGCCUUUCCUCAUAUGGGAGAUGCUCCUGGUCCUUUAUCAUCUUUGAGGCCCUGUGCUGGACUCCUUCGAGGAGAUUCCUGUCUUAGAAUUUGGGAGCCCAGAACUGGACACAUUUGUCUAAAUGUGGCCUCCCCAGGGCAAAGCGGAGGGGAGGACCACCUCCCUUGUCCUGCUGGCUGCGCUCUUUUUGUUGCACCCCAGGAUCCCAUUGGCCUUCUGCUGGCUCACUGCAUGGCCAGCCCGUUGUCCACCAGGACCCCCAGGUCCUUCUAUGCAGAGCUUACAUCCAGCAGGUCAUCCCCUAACCUGUACAGAUAGGUACAUGUGGGUAUUCCUCCCCAAGAGCAAGACUCUACACUUGCUCGUGGUAAACGUCAUCAUGUUCCUCCCUGCUGAACUCUCCAAUAAUAAAGUCCAAAUCGAGAAGAGAGUUUAUGCUUCAGACGGUAUGCCUCAGACUGUGCAGAAUUCUGAAAUAAGCCUGAUCUUCAGUUUAGCUAACAAAGCACCUACUCCUGAAUUGAAUAUAUCUUUGAAAUCAAACUUAUGAUUCAUUUUCAACCUGUUAUGCGCUUCUCCUUGCAGAAAAUGGGCCAGGGUUUGGCCCUCCUCUGGAUCAGAUGUUCUGUGAUAAUCAGGUCUGACACUCAAAUUACAUGCUUUUUCUGUUGGUUUCGUAACAUGGCGUUUCAUGUGCGCUCUUCAAAUCGUCUCAGCAGGCACCUAAUUCUCAUGACUUCCCUCUUUAUUCUUUACCUAUGCAGAGUUGGUUUGACACAUUCAGAACUUGUGUUCUGGGUAUUGUUACCAGUUAGAAUGAGCAGCCUCUAUUGGAGGGCAGAACCACUCAUAUUUGUGAAUGAGCUAGAAUUAUCUAGCAACAGUGUUUUCAUGCUGAAUGCUUCAUUACACCCAUUUCGCUGCCUUUUAUGCUGUUAAACUGUCUGAUCAUGUAUGUAAAUGACACUUUCAGUCAUGGUCUUUAAAAUUAAAUUGAGAAUUCAGCUUACCACAGAAAGUCUUACUUACUUUCCUUAAUCAUGUAAAGCAGAAGAUAAGCCUCUUUUUUUCCUUCUUCCUUUUUUAAGGACAAGCCUCAGAAUAAUAGUAAUUACAGUGCACACACACACACACAGAGUGAAAUUGCAGUGUGUAAAUAGAAGCAAAUAAAUAUAAAAGAUCAAAGGCUAGAUGGUACAGAUAUGUACGUAUAGAGGAGAAGACUAAAAGGUGAGGAUAUGUAGAUACAGAGGAGUGCUGGUAGCCAGCCUGGGAGCAGGCUUGCCAUAUCUUCACCAAGCUGUCAUUCCUGUAGAAGGGACUCUCUUUGCCUAUGAAGUUGCAGUGUUAGACUUAAAACUUCCUGAUAGUUGGAUAGCUGAGGAUUACGCCAAUGUUCUGUUUAAUUUUGAGACACUUAAUCUCCAUUUUAGCUUUCUUUUCUUUUCUUUUUUCUUUUUUUUUUUCUUUUUCUGUGCCAGGAAUCUGCAAUCACUGAGCACCUGAUAAAAAUCUGUUUGCUGUGUGCUAGACGUCCUCAGUGUACUCUGGUCUCCUUUCCUUCCAGGAUGGCACACUCUUUGAAUGAAUGGCUAUGGCAGCACGAGUUCUGGCUCCCCCCAGGAAUUACAUGGGAGGACAUGAAGGAGUCUGAAGACACCCAUUAUCCAAAGCCUCGUGAUCUCCUGCUCAGCAUCCCUUUUGCCUUAAUCCUGGUUGUCAUUCGAUGCAUCUUUGAAAGAGCCAUAGCCCUGCCUCUCAGUGCCAAACUGGGUGUGAAGGACAAGCUGAGACCUAAAGCUCAGCCCAUCUCCAUUCUGGAAACAUUCUACACUGUGAAUUGUAAGAACCCUAAAGAGGGUGAGCUGAUCAGUUUAGCCAAGCAAUGUGACCUGCCAGUGAGAAAAGUGGAGAGGUGGUUUCGGCGCCGGAGGAACACCGACCGACCGAGCCUGUCGAAGAAGUUCUGCGAGGCCUGCUGGAGGUUUACGUUUUACAUCGUUUCUUUCUUCACUGGGCUGGCUGUACUGUACAAUAAGCCUUGGCUUUGGGACCAUAGAGAGUGCUGGACAGGAUACCCACAACAGCCUCUCCAGCCCUCUCUGUUCUGGUACUACAUGCUGGAGCUCUCCUUCUACUGCUCACUGGUCUUCACCUUGCCCUUUGAUGUGAAGAGGAAGGACUUCAAGGAGCAGAUAGUCCAUCAUGCUGCAACCAUCUUCCUGAUCAGUUUCUCAUACUGUGCCAAUUACAUCCGGAUUGGGACACUGGUGAUGGUGAUUCAUGAUGCUUCUGACUGCUUCCUAGAGCCAACUAAGAUAUUCAAUUACAUGAAGUGGAAAAAAACUUGUGACAGCCUCUUUAUGAUCUUCUCAGCUGUUUUCCUCAUCAGCCGCCUGGUCGUUUUCCCCUACACAGUGCUCUAUAACACCUACUACUACUCCAUGGAGAUAUUCCAGCCCUUCUUUGGAUACUACUUUGUGAAUGCUCUCCUGAUAACUCUACAGUUGCUUCACAUCUUCUGGUCCUGCCUCAUUAUUCAUAUGGUCUACAAGUUCAUGCUCCAGGGCACGAUGGAAAAGGACAUGAGAAGUGAAACAGAAGAGAGUGACGUGGAUGAAGAAAGAGAAAACAUGAUGGAAAAGGAGAAAAAUGGGAUUGCACGUUUCAGCAAUGUCACAAGCAGCAAUUACAUCCAGAGGAAUGGGUCUGAGCCACUGAACAACAGAGCCCAUCUCACCAAUGGUCACGUAAAGGAAAGAUAGCCUCUGUUCGUGUCUGUCAUGAAUCCGGUCCACCGUCUUUAGAAGCAGUUUUGCUUGUCGUAUAGAUAUAAAAGAUUGCAAUUGCAGUAUCAUAACUGAAUUCCUUUUUAUUGUAAACAGAAUUGUGUAUGGUCAGUGAUAUCUGAGGGGAGUUUUUGGUCUUUCUUCAACAAAAGCUUUCUAUAGGUUGUAGCCUUGAGGAAAAUAGAAAGGGAUCAAAGUGGUUUGACUUGAAUUAAACAGUACCAAUUGUUAAAUGUGCUAAUCCUGAAAAACACUCAGAACAGUGGAACUUUGGCAAUGUCACGUCUUAACUGCCUGAUGCUGUUUGAUAGGAAUCUAUUUGGAACGGCCUCUGGAAGCCAUAGCGCAUUGCCACUAAUGACUAUGGACAGCAAGCGUGAAACCGUAAACCUUAAUACAGGGACACCUCUUUUAAGAGCAUAAGUGCCCCAUACAUACUCAUAACAUUGAAACUGUGUACAGUGGAAUAGAAGCUUUGGAAAGAUACAGGAAAAAACAUUUUCCUACAGGAAAUGUUGCUGUGUGCCAUGUGAGAGAUUUUGUAAUGAUGUGGAUCUCAGUCCCUUCUGUUAUCAGCAUUGUUGCCUCAAAGGGGGGGAACUCCAAAGGCAGUAAUGAAGAGUUCCCACCUAAAUCAUGGUUGUAAGAGCUGGAAAAUCCAAGCAGUUGUGUCUCAACUGUCAGAUAAUCCAUUAACCCUGUCUGGAAAGUAACACUGUCAGGAGAAGAGAUGGACGAGGAAAUUGAUAUUCUAGAAGACAACACUGAUCAAGUGCUCAUGUUUUUAUAUAGGAUGAUUGGCACAAUGGGAGAUAUUUACAGAGUCACCUUGUGGUAAGAAGGGAAGAGAUUACCCUGCUCUCAGAGGGAGAAGAAUCAGAGAAGAUCUGCUGAACUUCAUGACUCAAUGCUUUAACUUAGGCUUCUAAUGCUGGGGCUUGUGCCUAGAUGUGUCGAGAGUUUAAAGCAGUAGGCAAUGAAGUCGUGAUGCAAUUCUGACUCAGUUCCUUUAGACAUUCUGUAUCUUAUAUCCUGUGUAGUCUUAGACUUUUGAUGCUGUAAUGCCUUAGAAGUGUUAAAUAGGCAUGGCACAGAUUUCUAUCUUACAGAUCUAUUAAACUAUGAAACCACAUUACUAAUACACUUUCUGUUACGACAGCAAGGACUUAGACUGCCCAGGCUGUGCAGGCACUUCCCUGUACGUGCCUGGCAAGGUCCAAUGCUAACUGGGGGACACGGACCAAGGAAAUGCCCAAUUCUAGGAGGUGAUGAACAUUUAUAAAGUUAAGAGGCAAAUGACAGUAUAGUAGGAUGAGGCUUUUCAGCAGCUCACCAAGUUCACCUGAAAUAUGACUGGGGAAUCUUUGAUUUUAGCCUUUGGUCAAUCAAAAUAUGUUGGAUAACUUCAGAGGAAAAAGUGGAUCCAGCACAGGUGAUUCAGGGCAGUGACAUACUUGGAGCAGAGCAUCUCUUCCUGCAUCAUCAUUUAAAUCCAUAUUUGUUGAAGAUAGCUUCUCUCAUGGCUGUUGGGGUAAUUCAAAGUUCGGGGUACAUGUUCUGUAUACGGUCAUGUUUCUGUAAUCCACAUGUACAACCUUGCCACUCCUCCACAGGUGGUGAGUUCAGGAGGAAUGGUUAUGUAUCAUUUUGUACUACUGAAUGUAACAGUUCUUUAUAAAUUACUUUUGAAUGGUUUCA